CCAUUUUCCCGCGCGUGUGACACGCCGGAGUGUCGCCCCAGCGGGCUCCCCUCUACGUGUGUCCCUUCUCUUCGACCCAUGUCCUGAUCGCGUUGCACCGACGGCAUCCCCGAUUCCCGUCGCGACUCUGCCGUACGCCAGGAAAACGGCGACACGUUGUAACUGUCAAUGAGACGUCCGCGGAUCUCUCGACGGAGAAAAGAAUCCAUUGCUCGGCCGAGCUCCCUCGUGCGUUGCUCAACGGACAAUUGCGACUUCAGUUCGAACCUAGAGUGCGGAUGUUCAAUUUGAGACCUGCCGCUGGCAGCUAUAAUCAUGAUGCCAAGUUUACGGAAGAAAGUUGCCGGCUUCAUGCGCCAACUGUCUAUCAGCAACUUGGCAGGGGCCGUGGAGAGCAUAGGCCUCGGGGAACAACCGCUUCGAAGCCCGCAGUCACUGACUCAGGACUUUCCUGGCGGCUGUUUCAUCACGCGCUACCUCAACGGGCUGGAGACGAAACAAGAGGGUCCGUCUAUUUUACACGGCCGGAAUCCAGAAGAAUUGCCAAGCAGGCAGAUCGACGCUUCUCAAGAAAACGAGGAAGUAUUAGCGGCCUACACCGGACCCGAUAGCGGCCUUACCGCGGUCAAUCUUCAACAGAAGCAUUUAAGUAUCAACGACACCGACAUCGAUUACAUUGAUAUGCUAGAUCAAAAUGAGCAAUAUAGAAGCGGAUCGACCACGUCAAACAUCGCGAUCGCUGGGGUUACCGAUUGGUUCAGUUCAAAUGAAAAUGUGUACGGAAUUGCGACUACGUUGUACGAGAAGAAUCCCACAAAUGAUACCAACAAUGGAGAACCAAUUGCCGAUUGUUUUGGCGUUGUAGCGAGACCGAACUCUGCCAUAUUGGCUCUUGCGGAUGGUGUGAAUUGGGGUACGAAAGCGAGUAUAGCAGCCAGAUCCGCGGUUCACGGAAGCAUAGAGUACUUGAAUCGGGCACUGUUCUGUCCGUCAAUAAAUAGCGAAAUGACAACGACAAAGGACGUAUUUAUAGCAUUACUUCGAUCAUUCCACGCGGCACAUUCGUUGAUCCUUCAGGAGCAAGGGAUGCUUACUACCUUAACAGUGUGCACGAUCCUUCCACUGCCAAGCUCGAGCACCGAUACAAAUAUAUGCCAGAGAAAGUACAUUGCCUGUACCUGCAACGUUGGUGAUAGUUUAGCUUACGUAUAUUCAGGGAAAACUGGGGUGCGAGAGAUAACGUGUGGAUCUCACGAUAUUCACUGCAUGCGAGACAUGCGAGAUGCCUUAGGAGCCCUGGGUCCGGUGGACGGCUCUAAUCCCGAAUUGAACAACUUGACGCUGGCCAUAACGGAGGUCGAGAGGGGCGACAUAGUGUUUCUGACCAGCGACGGAAUCUCCGACAAUUUCGACCCCGUGGUGGGAAAGUUCGCGGUCCUACCCAGCCACAGUGGCGACGCGGACGCCACGCUGAAGAGCCACGACGCGAGGUCGAAGACGCGUCGGAGAUCGACGGAGAAUCUGCGGCACACCGAGUCGAGCAACAGCAACGCGAAUAGCAACAAUCUCCCGGUGGUCGAGGCCUAUCAGAGGCACGAGCUCACGCUGCUCAGAAUGGAGGAUCUGCUGAGACGCGGGGUUUCCGGAGAAGGGCCGCCGUGCAACAGUGCCAAGCAUCUGUGCGAGCUCCUUCUGGACUUUGCGGUGCGCAUAACCGCGGCGAAGAGGCGGAUCCUCGAGGACACGGAGUUGUAUUACGCGCAGCACAAGGACGGCCACCUCGUGCAGCUCUCGAAGCAGGAGCAGAGGUCUCGGAGGAAGAAGACGCUGGACAAGAUAUCUAUGAUACCUGGCAAGCUGGACCACGCGACGGUCGUGGCAUACGUAGUCGGAUCCUAAAUUUCUUCAAAGUGUAAUUAACAGAUAGAGAGAAUAUAGUUUUUAUUCGUAUAAAAUUGAUAGAUUAAACUUUCUAUAUUGUAACAUUCUUACCUAGCGUUAAAUAAAAGUGCAAAUAUAUCUUUUACAA